AUGACCGGAAAAGUAAUUCAGGAAAAACACUCAGAUGACAGUUGUCACAGUAAGUUUGAGGUUGAUUGCAAUUACGAUGCUAGAUUUGCCUCAGAUGUCAAAAGUUGGAUACAAUUUGCUGUUACUAAGUGUGUCAAAGAUUUUAAGUUGUACUUUAGGAAUUCUGGAGAUGAGGAUUCUUACUCAAUUAAAAAUCAAUCGUUCUACAAGUGUUCUCAUUUCACAACUCUCGAUAUAGGGUAUUGUUUGUUUCAGCCUAAAUAUGUACUUGCUUGGAAAAACCUUAUGAAAUUAACUAUUUCAGAUUCAAUAUUGGAAGACGACUUGAUCCCAAACAUUGUGUCUGGAAGUCCAUUGUUGCCUACUUUUGUACUUCGGGAUUGUUGUGCUUAUGUGAUUCGCAUCCUUUCCCCUAGUGUUAAGCGUUUGGAAAUUCAUGGACAUGAGGCUGAUCAUCUCGAAACCCUUCUUGAGAUUGUUGCUCCUUAUAUUACAGAUCUUUAUAUCAGUGAAAGUUUGUGGAUUGAAAACAUUUCCCUUAACAACGUGUCAUCUGUGGUUAAAGCAUACCUUAAUUUCAAAUUUCCCCAAUUGUGUUAUAAAGUUAAAAAGCCUUAUGCAGAGUUGAUACUAGGUGAAAUGAUAGUUGAUUUGCAGGAUGCCAAAGAAAUUGAAAUUGGGGUUCGUUGUUAUCCGAUUUUAUGUCGUAUGGCUGCGAAAGGGUACACGCUUGCACCAAACGUUGUCGGGGUAGAUACUUCUUCAAUGUAUUAUGUUGAUUCUGAUGUUGACGUUUCUGAUUGA